UGCAGGAAUUGGAGAGCAUGGAAAGUGACCAGAAAGUUCAAAUGGCAUCUAGGAGUGAGGUCGUGUCAAGUGUUGCUGGGGUGGAGUUUCAAGGGGCUCCUAAUUUGGGACAAGGUGGUGGUGGUGGUGGCCUUCAGAGACAACCUAGUAUGACCAAGAGCAAUUGUCUUUGUUCUCCAACCACACAUGCUGGUUCUUUUCGUUGCCGGCUUCACCGUGCCCCUAGCCUCCAGAGGACCAAAAGCAUGGAAUCAGAGUCCCUCAGGGAUCAGGCAUCUACGGUUCAUUCUUCAAUUGUUGAUGCUGUUGCUGUUGCUAACAAGGAUCCAGUUCAUUGAUCUUCUGAUGAAUUGAAUGUUAAAUUGUUACUAAGCUGCUAUAUGAUUACUUGUGUUUAGGCGCGUCAUGUUGUUUACUUUCUAUCUAUUUAUAAAAUGAGAAAAAAAAAAUUGAUGAAUUGACAGUGUAAAAUUUUUUACAAAGUCAUCUAAUCAUAAACCAAUGGUAAGUUAUAAUAAUUGCAAGGUGUAGAGAUGUAUGUCAUGUAAGUAAUUUUACUCUAUACGAUUGUCACGUUAACAAUUUGGGAUCAUUUAAUUUCA